CCAGGAUCAUCCGUAAACAGGAACAGUUCGUAUCGGCGCACACACACGGCUGUAUAAUUUAAGAAGCAUUUAGGUUUUUUUUUUAUUAUUAUCACAGAUGUGCGAUAUCGACAGUUUACUUCAUCAGACUCUGAGGUCGGCUCGUGUGCUUUGGAAGUGGAAGUGUGGAGAAAAAAACAGUGACUUGGAGGAAUGAAGGGUUUGUACUUGGUGGAGCCGGUGGUGGCUGUGUACGCCUUUGCAAGUUUUAUGGUGUAUCCUCUGGUGCAGCAGUAUGUGUACCGCCGUCUGUGGCAGCAGAUCACCAACACCUCCUACCCUGUUACAGACAAUUCAUCUCAGUGCAGCAACCAUUCCAGCCAUUAUGAAGAAGUGCAAAAAGCCGCCUCGCAGUUCUUCAUGUACUCAGAACUUUUCUCCAUGAUCCCCAGUCUCCUGGUGACCCUUGUCUUGGUGGCUUAUAGUGACCAGCGUGGACGUAAAAUCACCAUCAUUCUCCCACUCAUAGGCUCUCUGGUCUACUGCUUGUGCUUCUUAGCAGUGUCCAUUUUUGAGCUUAAUCUCUACCUCCUAAUUGCAGCAUCCAUACUCAACUCCCUCUUUGGGGGUGUAGGCACUAUUCUUGGUGGCUGCUUCUCCUAUGUGGCUGACUUAUUCGAGGAUGGAAAGCAGAAGAUGCUCCGCAUGGCUGGGCUGGACAUGAUGCUCGGGCUUCUCUCUGGCAUGGCGUUAAUCUCCACUGGCUACUUUUUACAUGCUGCAGGAUUUAACUGGCCCUUUUUCACUGCUGCCAUGUUCCAUCUACUAAAUCUGGUAUAUGCUAUCUUUGUUCUGGAGGAGAGCAGGGUGAUUGACAGUGCAGCAUAUGCUGAAACCAACACUCAUAUAUUCAGGAGGCUUACACUUGGGAUCUACAGCCUCUUUACCAUAGGAAGCAGGAGAAGGAACUGCCUGCUUGCACUCUUGAUUGUCAUCUUCUGCUCAUUCAGCUUUGCGUACUUUGGAGGCAUGAAUUUGGUCACGCUGUACGAGCUGAAUAAACCACUGUGCUGGAACGAGAUUCUCAUUGGCUAUGGCUCAGCUCUAUCCACAGCUGUUUUCGCCGCUAGCUUUGUUGGUGUGUACGUGCUGUCACGCUGCCUCUCUGAAAAACCCAUCAUCUUCAUUGGGAUGUUGUCCGUUUUCAUUGGCUUGGUGAUGAUGGCCUUCAUCAAGACCACACUUCUGAUGUUUCUUGUGAGGAUUCCCAUGCUCCUGGCUAUCAUGCCAUUUCCUGUUAUGCGCUCCAUGAUGUCGAAGGUGGCUUCGAAGAGUGAGCAGGGUGCACUCUUUGCAUGUGUGACUGCCAUGGAUAACCUGACCACUACCGUGGCAAAUGCAACAUUCAACUUUAUCUAUGGCGCAACACUGUCCUGGUUCCCCGGAUUUUCCUUCCUCCUGGCUGGUGUGUUCUGCCUCAUACCCAUAAGUCUGCUGGGAAUUCUUAGUUUCUUGGGGCUGGAAAUGUCUCCUGAAAGUGAGAGUCUCUUGGCAGAAGAGGAAACUCAACAAACGGACAACACACCUGUGGUCUAAAAGGGGAAAAAAAACCCAGUCUGUUUGCAACUGUAGUGUGCCGUUUGGCAGUGCUUUUAAAAUUUUACUUUUUGCACUUUAUUUUUUACUAGAGCCAUGACUUUAGGAAUGUUGUGACUAUAUGUGAAAAUAAGGGCAUUUACAAAAAAUGCUGACUAAUAGGGAAAUAUAAAUAUACUUAGAAGGGUACUAAUGGUCAUAUUGCACUUUUCAGUUCUUUGCAAGUUAUGUUUUCAGAAGAAUAUUUUCAGUGAACUUGUUGUAAAAUAUUUGAAAAUUAUAUUUAUAUGGGUUUUUUUCAACAGAAGAUUUUCUUUGAAUGAAAUAUGAAAAAAAAAAACAAUAUAGAAAUUAUAAUGUUAUUAAUUAUAAAAGAAACAAUAGCAAUAGUCUUUUUAUAAUAUGUUUUAUUAAGUGCCUUUAUGUGUUUAGGUUUGAAAUAUCAGAAGAAGGUAAUUUCAUUACAGUAUAAAGGGAUGGGAUGAAGUGUUUUGGUUCUGUCAAAGAAGAAAAAGCUUUAAUCUGCAGUGCUAUUGUACAACCUUUUAUUUGUUACUCAUAUGGUAAAAUAGAUGCAGGAGUUUUCAAGCUGUCUAAAAGUUACACAUAAUUUAAGGAGUAUUCGGUGGUUACUAUGUCUUGAUAUCAAGCUGCGUGUUUCUAAUCUUUCUAACGACAUCCUGGUCAAUCUUUCUUUCGCUUUUUUUUGUUUUACAGAAGGCUUGCCUCUGUUUCAAUAGGUCAAAAAUAGGCUAAACAGCUCAAACAGCUUAUUCAAUAAAUUUGGAGUGAAUAUUAUAUAUUAAAAUAGAAAUAUACUUGAAUAUUUAAAAUAAAAACGCUAAUUUCUGUUAUUCCACUAGGGGCAGUAGAGCUCGGGCCCACAAACACCUAUAGACGUAAUGUGUAUAUUCAAUUCUGUAUUAGCUGAAAAAUCUGACACUAACCUCAGAAACAUUGGAUUCUUUUUGCAACCUUUUUUCUUUAUUUUUACUUUUUUCUAAUUUUGCUCUAUCUAUCUAUCUAUCUAUCUAUCUAUCUAUCUAUCUAUCUAUCUAUCUAUCUAUCUAUCUAUCUAUCUAUCUAUCUAUCUAUCUAUCUAUCUAUCUAAUUUAGUAUUUUGGGUAGUUUAAUAACCAUUUUUCAAAGAGUGUGAAUACUUAUUCCCUAAACUAUGCUUAAAUGUGUAUAUGGUUAAACCAUACUUUGGAUUUACUUAAAUUUUUAAUUUAUUUCAUUUAUUUCAUUAAAAUAUAGACUUCAGAUCGAUGCUAAUAAAGGGACACGUUUUAGAGAAGGUUGGUUCACUUGACCACUAGAGUUAUGUGUUGUGUUCUUAAUCUUUUAUGCAUUAGGUAAAAACGUCCUUCUAAAAUGCUGUAUUUUUAAUAAGAGUAUUGUUAGUCUGAAGGCUGAAAUUGUCAACCCUCAUUAACAAGUACUGUUCUUUUUCACUGUUUCAAAACAACAACAACAAAAAAGAAAGAAACCUUCUAAUAAAGUUCUUUUAGGCCA